GCCAUGGAGAGGGACGCAACUACAUUAGACUUUGAACCUGCCAAGAGUUUGGAAGGAAAAGGUGGUAGUACACGUCAGUGACAGACAUUAAAGACCUGAAUAAGGAACUAUACGCAAGACCCACAUGGAAAGAGUGGGUCGUGUCUUCCCCGACAUGGACCAGGAAGCCAGCCAGCUGGAGAAGCGGCACGUGCAUGCUGUGUACCAGAGCACCGCUCCAUUCUUCAGCGACCUGCAGAGCAAAGCCUGGCCCCGGGUCCGCCAGUUCCUCCAGGAGCAGCAACCGGGCAGCCUCGUCGCUGACAUAGGUUGUGGAACUGGGAAGUAUCUUAAAGUGAACAGCCAGGUGCAUGCCCUGGGCUGUGACUACUGCGGGCCAUUGGUAGAGAUUGCCCGGAAUAGAGGAUGUGAAGUCAUGGUAUGUGACAACCUUAAUCUCCCCUUUAGGGAUCAGGGCUUCGAUGCCAUCAUCUCCAUAGGAGUCAUACAUCACUUUUCCACAAAACAGAGGAGAAUCAGAGCAAUAAAAGAGAUGGCCCGGGUCUUGGUCCCCGGUGGCCGGCUGAUGAUCUAUGUCUGGGCAAUGGAACAGAAGAAUCGACACUUUGAGAAGCAAGACGUGCUCAUUCCUUGGGACAGGACCUUGUGCUCCCAGCCCCUCUCAGAGUGCGGCCAGUGGGGUAGAAGGAGGCUGUGUGGACACGGGGAGACUAGCCGGACCCCCCACCCUCCCUGCUCCAACUGCGGCUGCUCCGUUUGUUUCAAGAAGCCGUGUGCAUCAAGGCGGUCCCACAGCGUGGACUACGCACCUGUCACGGCGGCAAGCUGCUGUGCGCCUGUUUCUAAGGAGGACAAUGGGUUCUAUAAUGCGCUAGGCAAGUCGUUCCGUUCCUGGUUUUCAUCCAGAUCCUUGGAUGAAUCCUCUCUGAGGAAGCAAACCGAGAGAGUGAAACCCUUGAGGAACACGGAAGAAUGGGCCAACGGCACCGUGUCCGUCCAACCCUCCAGACUCCCCAGCUGCGACUUCGAGCCCCAAGAGCCAUUUUUCACAGUGGAGCAAAACCUCGAGGAGGACGUGUUUGAGGACGCGUCUUCUCAGAAGCCUCUGGAGUGGCUGGGCGUACCAGGCGCGUUGAAGCAUCUGAAUGGAGACCCUCAGCGAGGAGGGAAGCGACAUGGAGGUGGGGAUUUUCUGGAGAGCGCUAACUCCAGGGACAGUUGUCCACACGCAGCUGACUUAAAGGAAGGCGACCCUCCUGCCAGUACACUAUUGAGCAAGAUUCCCGCGCUGGAUUCUGCAGAUUCUAACUCGGAGGACACGAUUUCCCUCCCAGAAGAGCAGUCUUCGGAUCCCGAAGCCUUCAUGCGCUACUACCACGUGUUCCGCGAGGGCGAGCUCUGCAGCCUGCUGACCGAGCAUGUGUCGGAGCUGCGCAUCCUCAGCUCUGGGAAUGACCACGGCAACUGGUGCAUCAUCGCCGAAAAGAAGGGAAGCUGGGACUGACUGGAGCCUUGCAGACAACUUCUUCAAAAGAUGCCGAGCCGGCCUUUCCCCAGCAGGUUUACGGCGGUUUCCUGAGUUUGCAGCACGUUUAUUUUCUAACCAGUUUAUACUUUGGUCUGUAAGGAACUGUGAAUUGAUCCUUUUUUGAAUAAUAUCUGCGGACGGCAUAGAGCCCGGCAUCUAAAACACUGGACACAGAGCACGUGAGCUUACGCACGGUGUCAGUAUCAAAAACCUAAUGAAGCAAAAGAACAUUCACUUCAAAAUGAAAUGCUUGUUAGAUUACCUUUAUAUGGCUUUUCAGUAUUAUAUAUUGACUUU